AUGUCCUCUACUUCUGCCCUUAAGAACCCCCGCGAGCCUGGGAGUAUCGAGCAGAUCGUGGACACCUACGGAAGCGAGAGGCUCGGACUUUUCCUCAAAUCGAUACUCCCCACCACGACCGACCCGCUCUCAACUCUCUGGACGCCCGAGAACUGGCGCUGCUGGCUCGACAUCGGCGAAUACAUCCUCUUCCUCGGCCGAACGCUCCACAAGCAGAUGUACGAACACCGGGCCGACGCCGAAGUCAAGAUAUCCGAGGCCGCAGCGCUGGUGUCCAUCAUCCUCUGCGUCCCGUUUGACAAGGCCGUACGUCACGCGCGGAAGAUCAUCGAUGAGCUGUGUCAGUGCGCGUGGAGGGGGUGCGCGUUUCACGACCGCGCGCGGGCGGCGGAGAGGAAUGUGAAGGCGCGGGCGUGUAAGGGGUGCGGAGACGCGAGGUAUUGCGGGAGUGAAUGCCAGAGGCGGGACUGGACAACGGGGGGACACAGAACGCGGUGCGGAAGACGUCUGAUGCUCAGACCCUACAACUCGGAUGAAGAUACGGGGUCCGGAUCUGGGGAGGACUCGACGAAUGUCGCCGCUCAUGGGGUAUGCGAGGACGAGGAUAUUGAGUAG